CCUUCCCCUCAGACAGCUCCCCUGCCUGUCCCAGCCCUGUCCCAGCCGUCGGGCUAGCAGCUGAAGGAGCCUCACCUGCCUCCCUCCCCUGAGCACCAGGCUUUGAGGUCCAGGAGAAGCAGCAGAGAUGUCGAAUGAGCCGCCGCCCCCUUAUCCUGGGGGCCCCACAGCCCCUCUUCUGGAGGAGAAAAGUGGAGCCCCGCCCACCCCAGGCCGCACGCCCCCAGCUGUGAUGCAGCCCCCACCGGGCAUGCCGCUGCCCCCUGCAGACAUUGGCCCCCCACCCUAUGAGCCGCCGGGUCACCCAGUGCCCCAGCCUGGCUUCAUCCCCCCGCAUAUAAAUGCAGAUGGCACCUACAUGCCUCCAGGUUUCUACCCUCCUCCAGGUCCCCACCCACCCAUGGGCUACUACCCACCAGGGCCCUACCCGCCGGGGCCCUACCCUGGCCCUGGGGGCCACACAGCCACUGUCCUGGUUCCUUCGGGGGCUGCCACCACAGUGACAGUGCUGCAGGGAGAAAUCUUUGAAGGCGCGCCCGUGCAGACAGUGUGUCCCCACUGCCAGCAGGCCAUCACCACCAAGAUCUCCUACGAGAUCGGCCUGAUGAACUUCGUGCUGGGUUUCUUCUGCUGCUUCAUGGGGUGUGACCUGGGCUGCUGCCUGAUCCCCUGCCUCAUCAAUGACUUCAAGGACGUGACGCACACGUGCCCCAGCUGCAAAGCCUACAUCUACACGUACAAGCGCCUGUGCUAACGCAGCCAGGACUCAGGACCCCCCGCCUGUCAGUCUGGCCCCCUGUGCUUUGCUCCCCAUGCUCAGUGUCACUUCCCUGCUCCCACUUGGGGUUGGAAGCCAUGCCACCGUCCCCUGGAAGUCUUGUUCUCUUCUCCUUGCCCUUCCCUGAGCACCUGACUCUUCAGCAAAAGUUCUGUUGGAUUUCAGGCCAAGGGUCAGUGGCGGUGGGGCUGAGCUCGUGUGCCACCUGCUUGGUGUUUGUGAUCAGGCAAGUAAGCUGGAAGGGGGAUCCCGCUGGGGUCCUUGUUCCUCCGUUUCUGUACGAGGUACAGGUCCAGUCCCAACCCUUCCUCCGGGGGACCAAAAGCAGCCAGAGCCAUGGUCAUCUCCCCAGGCCCGGGCCCCAUGGUGGGGCUGUGCCUGUAGCCACAGUCAUUUUUGACCUGCUGGGCCAAGAACGGAGAAGUCGUCUGGAAUCAGGUGGGCCCAAGCCGGACAGGGUUGUAAGGCCUGGGUUUGUUUCUGGGGUACGUUGUGCCUCUGGGGUGCUAGAGGUGAGGCGUGACAGGAGUGAUGACUGCCACCUCCAGCCCUCAGAACUCUCAGGUAUAGAAACCCAGGACCCCCAACACCGUGCCCAGGAGCCCUGCGUGUAAGGUAGAGAAGACACUGGGUGAGCGAUUGGGCCCUGGUAGCCAAGAAGGAACGCACUUGCCUCUCGCCCUCUUCGAGUCAGCGGGCAGACCUCCUUUCUGGCCACGCCUGUGUGAAUCCCGCAUUGCUGGGGCCAGAAGGAAUGCCCGUGAGCGCACCCUGGUCCGUCCACCCUGUGUCCUCACUGCGUGUGGGUGUAACUUCAGCACAGGGGCUGGUGUGUCCCAGCUGGGACAGGACAUGGCAGAGAGGAGGGCCUCCUUGUGGGUGUGCCCGGAUCUGCAGUGCUGCCCCAUGAACCUGUUUCCAGUAAGCACUGCGCCGCCUCCCGCUGCUGGGCCUUGGCAGGACACACCUCUGUGCUGGGCUGGGGACAGGCUGGAGGAAUGAGCAGCCACCAGUGGUGGACACCAGCCCUGUCCUGCCCUGGGCCUGAGCCCAAACCUGUCUUUAUUUCCUGAAUGGUUUGUUUGUGAACUUGCUCACCUGGACCGCUCUAUCCUGCCGCUGUCCCACUCCUGGUCUCGCACUGCCACUGCAUGGCCUCCUGUCACUGUGAACCGUGGCCCGGUCUGUUUGUAGUUUCUCAUUAAAUCGGCCCUUUCACUCCCUGCCCUGGGCCUCUGCUCUCUU